AUGAGCUCUGGAAACAGUGCGCCUAGUAACAAUCCGCAGCAGCAUAAAGCACUUGGUGAUGGUGAGGCCAGUAAAGCACAUGGAGAAAAUGGCAAGACAGAUCAACAAGCUAACCCUGUCGGCUAUCCCCCUCUUCCCCCACUUGAGGGCUCAAGCCCCACGCCAGACUCAGAUGGCGACGUACCUAUGGCAGAUACUGGGGUGAAAGCCGCCAACGAAGGUUCGGGUGGAGGGGCAAAACCGGGGGGGAAAUCCUCUAACAAAAAGACCGGGAGAAAAUAUACCAAAGAACAACGAGAGGAGGUAAACCGUGUCUUGAACUGUAAGGACACAGAUCUUUAUCAGCUGCUAGACCUGCCUCCACAUACGGUUGACUUCAAUAUCCGGAAGAACUACCUCAAAAUCUCAACGUUGAUUCACCCCGAUAAAAAUGCUGACAAAGAGACCACCACGGCAUUUCAGAGGGUGAACGCAGCCUACGAAGUCCUAAGCAAUCCACAGAAGAAAAGGGAGUAUGACGCCAAACUACGAACUAACCAGGCUGAUGAAGCCAACAAUAACCAGGACGGAACAUUCGGUGAAGAAUUUGGGCCUAACGCUUGGGGCGAUGAUUCGGACUCUGAUGAUUCCUCUGAUGAUUCCUCUGACGAGGACAAUGUCGAUAACGGUGAGCAGGUUCCGGAUGAGUUUAGACUGAGGAUUUAUGAGCAAGCCACGCCCCACGUGAACAAGCUAUUGGCGAAAUAUAAGGAUUCGUCCAGCCAGGACGAAAUUGAGCUACUCAACCAAAAGAUCAGAGGAAAGAAUGAAGGAGACCGUCUGCCCAAUAAAGAGAGCUUCCUGAUCCGAACCGAGGUCUUGCGCGCCAUUGGAUUGGAGAUGUCGCACGUGAAGUCCCGCCUGAAGAAGAACCCCAAAGAUGAGGAUGCAUUCAACCAGCUGGUCUCACUUGAUAAGCAGUUGAAGAAACUCUGUAGAAACAACCAUUACCCAGAAAGUUGGAGACUCAAUAUUCCCGAUGAUUGGCGCCAGAGGGUCGAGGAGUACGAAGCUGCUGAAGGAGGAGGAAAAGGAAAGGGCAAAGAUGGCAACAGUGGGCCAUCGGGGGCACGGUCAGAGAAGGCAAGCGGCACCAAAUCAGGAUCCUCUAACGAAACUCCACAGCAUACUGGCUCUGCAAGGGCACGGUCAGAGAAGACAAGCCGGACCAAAUCAGGAUCCUCAAACGAACCUUCACAGUCCACAAACCCGGGUGUAGAAGAGGUUCCCUCUGGAGAGUCCAACACAAUGGCCAAAAAACCGUAUUGGGAACCUGGCUUGACGAAGGACGGUGAGAAAAUCUUGGGCUACCGACCCUUCUGUCGAAGAGAUCGGAGGACAGGUGUCGAAAUUAUGUUCGGCGUUCAAUUUGUGGUCGAACAGCGAGGAUCGGACAACCCCGUCAUCCUACUUUCGGGAACGGAAGUCGGUCACCGUGCAACAAAUGCUUAUUUUGACUUGCCUGCGUCAGAGCGAAAAGACAUUCGAUAUUCUGAUCGAAAAUAUUCCUACGAGGACGUGGCAAACUUCGAAGAGCUCCUCGGGUUUGCGACGAAAAAGAUGGAAUGUAUGACACUCUCCGAGCCGGCCACUGGUUACGGCUUAGUUAAAUUCAAGAACGGUGAGACUGACAUCCUAAGUCGAACGGCCUUGAGGAAGAUGCUUGGUAAGAAGGAUGCGGAUGAUGAAAUCAAAGUGUUCGCCCCGUCAUCGCACCUCAUUGAGCCGCCUCCGGUCAAGGGCCAGCUAACGUCAGGCUCAGAUGGGCCAGGGAAGACGGAGCUGCGUGCUCGGCUCAGGGGCAAGGUAACGUCAGGCUCAGAUGGGCUAGGGAAGACGGAGCGGCGUGCUCGGCUCAGGGGCAAGGUAAUGCCAGGCUCAGAUGGGCCAGGGGAGAUGGAUUUGCGUGCUUUCGAAACCGAUGACCCGGAAGAGUUGUUCAUUCCAGAACAGAAACCCAGGAAACGGAAAGGCUCAAAGGCCGCGAAAGGCCUACUAGAGUCCACCCCUCCAGAGAACUCCGAUCUGAUGGCUGCGAUCAUGGCUCAACUUGCGCGGUUGGAACAGAAAGUGUUGCAACUCUCCGACUGA